CUACUAAUGGAAACCUAUAUUUAUAUUGAUUUCUGAUUAUCGUCAAUAAUCUUUCUCGCUUGCAAUGGCACUGACUUCAAAUAAAUAUCAAGAAAUAAUUGAUUCGAAGAUUCAACAAGCCAUCGAAUUAUUCAAGAAUAAAAAGUAUGAGAAUGCUCUUCAGAUAUACACAGCAUUGAUCCGUAACAUCCAAAAACUUAGCACAGAAGAGGUUAUAACCAUAAGAAAGAAUGCUGGACUAUCUUCCAAGCCAGUGGUUGGAUCUGUAGUGCACCCCAAAUUAGGAAGCAUUUUAGAUCAACGAGCAGCUACAUACGAAAGGUUAUCAGACAAUAAAAGAGCAUUAAGAGAUAGUGAAAACUUGAUUAAAUUGGAACCUAUUGGAUGCAAAGGUUAUUUAAGAGCGUCUAAGAUAAUGAUACUCACCGGACAAGAAGUUGAAGCAUAUAAGGUACUUCAACGAGGUGUUUACACUAUCGAUUCAGCAAUAAAGAAGCAUAAUAUUGUGGUUCCUCAGAAACUUUUUGAUAAUUUGAAGUUAAAAUAUAGAUUACUAAACGAUAAGUUAAAACGGCAACAGCAUCAGCAGAAUCAACAACAGAAAGAAAUAUCUAGGUCAGAUCUGACUAAAAGGACUUUGCAACAAAGUAUUGAUGAAAUGCUCCCACUAAAGAAAAGCAAACAAGGCGAUAUAUCCUCUUUAAAGCACAACCCAAGAGCAGCAUCACCAUCAUUAUCAUAUUCAAGUAGAGACCCAUUUCAAAUUUUACCAUUAGAAUUGAUUGAACUUGUAUUUCAACAUUUACCCUUUAAAACGGUUCUAAAACUGCAUUUAGUCUGUAAAACUUGGUAUAAAUUUCUUACAAGUUUACCGUCACUAUACAAAAGCAUAUUAUUCAAAUACAAAGUAGAUAAAUCUGAGUUCUUGAGAGGAAUGACACUUAUGAAGAGAAUUUAUUCUAAUUCAUCCACAAAGAUUGUCGAAAGAUUGAAGUUAUCUACAACACUCCGCGAAGAACAAUUCCUUGAAGCCUUAAAGUAUCUAGCAUUUAAAGCAGACUUGAAAUAUAAAAAAAUGGAAGUGAUUAAUCCAAAGUUUAAUAUUGGUGAUAUUCUUUUAUCCUUUUUAUUCCCCAAGAACAACAUAUUAGAAGAAAGAGACGAAUCUGGGUUAACGGCAUUUAAUAGACUUGAAGCGCUUAGAUUGGGUGUUUCCGCUCUGACUACGCAUAUUCCACAUAUUUUGGGACUUCUGAACCAUUUGGAAUCUUUAGAAUUAAUUCACAUGUCACCAGAAUCUACUCCAAGGUUUGAGAUUCUGAACUAUAAAUAUAUCAAUUUUCUUAAGGAUAAAUGCCCUGAAUCGUUUCCUACAUUACUGAAACUUGCCAUGAUUGGCCACCCUCAGAGAGAAGACGGCGGGAAAACCCAUCUUUUGAAGUAUAUACUGGAGGGUAGAUUUCCCAAUCUUCAAUCCUUAACUAUAGUAUCGCAAGAUCUUCGAAGUUGUGAUAGUACUUUAGUCAAAAACUUACCCUAUUUAAAAGAAUUAUAUUUGGAAAAUAAUACUGGAUAUGAUUUAAAUACUUUAUUGGGAAAUUUCAUAGUUGAGGAAGACGUGAUAUCUUCAACUACUUUCGCCAAGCUUGAAAAAUUAGUAUUUAGAGAGAAGGAUUAUCUUGAAGAUGUAACUCUUGAAGAAUGGCCAUCAACGUUAUUCCCUGGCUUGGCAACGAUCAAAUAUUUAGACCUUAAUUCUACGAGUUUAACUAGAGAUGGACUCUACAAAUUAUUAAGUAUUUGCAAUGUCGGAAACCAAUUAUCAUUUUUAAAUAUUGGAGCAGCCAGGAAAAUUUCUUUUCCAAUUGAUAACUUGAAUAGUCGUAUCAACAAUAUGACUACUCCUCCAAGGAAUAUUGUUUCGAUAGCUAAGGUUUUACAGAUUGUUCCAACAUUAACUCAUUUAUAUUUAAAUGAAUUAGAAUUUGAUAAUUAUUCUGCAAAGAUGUUCUAUAGAGAAUUAAAAGAGAAUAUCGGUUGGGAAAAUGUCCAUUUGAAAGUUCUUGACUUAAGUUUUGCCAGAAUUGAUGGUAUUGGAUUAAUGGAUUUGUUUUAUGUUAGUACUAGACAAGGGGUGACCUUUACAUUGGAUGAAUUAAUUUUGAAUGGAAUUGAGAUAAACCAACAGACGAUUCAAAUAUUGAUGAAUAAAGGAUAUGUUGGUAAAGUUAUAAAUGAUUUCAGGAAAACUCGCUGGCGAGAAUAUGGAAUAAAUAGUUUAAUUCAAGAAUGAUCAUGUUCAG